UCUUGCCCUUUCGACGGGGCAACCCAGCAAGGCCUGGUGCAGCCAUGUCGUUGACCACCCCCGCCUUGUUCAUCUCGUUCCACUCUGUGCGUGCCGACGCAUGGUCAGUCCUCGUUCAAGGAAAGGCAUCGCUAGAGGUGAGCCUACCCUGCAAAUCGGCCCCAGUGCAAAACGCUCGACCGACGCCGGUGAUGAUGCCGACCCAUAGCCUUUCAUCUUGGUCGAAGAGGUCCCAGACACCCUGGAUUUCCCGGCUGGUGGCUUUGUCGAUACAAUUGAGCUUCUCCGGUCUGUCCAGCGUGACCUGAAGAAUUCGCUCUUGUGGGAACGAGACAUUGAAAUGUCGGAAGGGUCCAAGGUUCGACCUAAGAGACAUCGAGGGUAGAUCGUCGAUCGGUGACCGGCCAGCCACGAGACAGGUAGGUUGCAGGUAUGUUGACUAGUCCGGCCAGCUUCCUCGCAAGCGUCUUUAUACUUUUCCGAGUGAGUAUCAUUCUGACAAUUCACGUGCAUUGGCUUUUCCAGAGAAGUUCUGUUGCCGAGGAAUGCUUGGAUUUCUUUCUGAGCCUGUACCGAGAGCCCCGCUUAGUGAUUGUCCAAUCUUUCUGUUUGGCUUCAGAGACUCUUCUUGUCAGUCUAGAAGUCUGCUGCAACGCUCCUCAACAGCACUAUUCACACGUUCUGAUAUCGCUACAGUUCCAUAAUAACGACCAAGUCUCGUCAAAAUGGUGUCCGAUACUCAAACCCACCACAAAUAUCCGCCGGUAAAGCUACCGCACCCUUUUCUGACCACAUAUGGUGUACGCAACAUUGGGGAGACGAACCCAGCGAGGCUCGUCCUGACACUGGAUGGUCAUCCGCCAGCUGGAAGACAGCUGGCCCAACCACUACACCACGAUACGCUCUCAUGGCUGGAGCUGUCUUUCAAACCCAAGGACGAGUGUCCGCCUCUCUCGAAUAACAGUGCAUGGGCACGAGCGUGUCGAAGUCCACAGACCACGUUCGAAUGGUCCGGCAACAGCACACCUUCACUGGGCCAGAUCUGGAACGUGAUUCACGCCAUCUACCUCGCACAUCCAACGAACGAGUACUUCCGACUGACUCUGGUCGGCCUGGGGAAGGACAUUAUCCGGAACGAGUUGCUUGCUACCGGGUUGGCGAUUGAGCAUCCCAGGCCAUGGCGACCCGCAGACGAAUUGAAAUCGUACUCUGAUGAACUCCUGAUACUGCGAAGUUCAUUCUGGCAAGGCGCGGGCUCUCCAAUGGGCCCUCGUCCGAUUUGGGUGGUGGGAGACGGUACGGACGGUCCUCAACGGGAAUCACUGUCGCAGUACCCGCUCAUGCCCGAGAACCAUCAUUUCACAAUGAAGUUUCCCGACGAGGCCGUGUACACUCGUCAUCCUAUCCGACGGCCCAAGCCGCACCCGGGGUCGAUCGCGUACAGUCGCUACGUCCCGGAGCUGGACGAGCACUUCUCGCUCGAAGUUGUCGACUGGCAGAACCAAGAGCACCUGGCGCUGUUCAACAUGUGGCAGAACGACCCACGAGUUGCACAGGGCUGGAACGAGACUGGAACUCUGGACCAGCACCGCGAAUACCUGCGCAAAUUGUGGUUCGAUCCUCACGUGCUCUGCUUGUUUGGGCGCUUCAACGAAAGCCGCUUCGCCUAUUUUGAACUAUACUGGGCAAAGGAGGAUCACUACGGCGCCCACUACGACGCCGGAGACUACGAUCGGGGUCGCCAUUCUCUCGUCGGCGACGAAUCGUUCCGCGGCUCGCAUCGGGUCAACGCAUGGUACUCAAGCUGCAUCCACUAUUGCUUUCUGGACGAGCCGCGCACGGCCAAUGUCGUGGGCGAGCCCAAGGCCACGGGCGCGACAAUUCUGUCGUAUGAGCAGUCGCAAGGCCUGGUAAUCGGCAAGUAUGUCGACCUGGGCCACAAACGGUCGGUUCAUUCGAUUUGUAGCCGCGAGAAGUGGUUCCAGCUCUGUCCACUGUUCUGGGAUGGCCGGGAGAGACCGCUCGAGUCCUCUGACCGAGCCGCGUGGAAUGCGAAGCUCUAACUACAUAUGUUAGCCUUGAGUUUUUUUGGAAUUCGAAAAUAGUGCUAUCUACGUUAGGCAGUCUUCCAAUGUUAGUUGUGCAGCUCCAAAACAAUGUCACGCCGUGCUCCGUGCAAGAAGAUAUUUAGU